AUGGCCGACAGUGAUUUGCAUAUUGCAGACGAAGUCUUGAACGAAGGACAAGGACUAGAAGGUGUUAAUACUAUCGGUAAAAAAGGAGAAGAGGAGGAACAUCCUUGGCCAUAUUUGAAGUCAAUGUUUCGCUACAAUGGAAGAGUGGGAAGAGAGAACAAGAGCAUCAAAUUCAUAUGUUGCCUUUGCUCGCCACUUGUUAGAGAGAUAUCUGCGUUCAUUUCGUCGCCUUCAAACCUAAGAAAACAUGUACAGGUAAGCUGUUUUAUGCCUUUGUCUGUUUGGUAAUGGUAGGGUUCUAAAAACUUGAAAUUGCCACCCGGGAAUUCAUCGGAUGUAGUGUAGUGCAGUUGACAAAUACAUUUCUAUACAAAUAAUCAUGUAAAAUAUCUAAAUAUGUUCCUCACCGGAGGGUGCGGAUAGAAAUUGGAAUAGCCCAAUGUGCGGUUACGUUAAAUUUCAACGAAGUUUUAAGUUUUAAAAAGGAAACUAGGUUUGUGUUCAGGUCAAUGUAUGUAUGUAAUGUUUGUGUGUCAUUGUGUGUGUUGGGGAGGGUGUGUGUGGAGGGGUGGAAUAUAAAUGAUAUAUUGCAAGAAUGGUCCCCAGCUAUAAAAUUUAACUACCCUAAAACUCCGAUUAUAAGCCCUGGGCUUAUGAUUAUAAGCCCUGGGCUUAUAUCAGUUUGUAAGUGUUUUUUUUUAUGAGCUUACACACAGGAAGGCGCUUAUAUUCGGGGGUGGGGCUUAUACAUGAACGACCAAGUAUUUUUAUUACUAAUUAUAGACCUGUAUAUUGGUUAAAAACUUAUAUAACUUAACUUGUGAUCGCGCCGUGACGCGAGGGCGCGCGUUUGGCCAGUCCGUAAUAAAUGCGGAUUUUUUGCCACUUUUUUCGUGAAUCCAUACGAAAAUUUCUGCCUAUCUAUCAUCAAAGGUUUGAUCUACCUGGAACCUUACAUUUUAUUAUAAUUUGAGAAGGAAAUAGCUGGAUAUUUGGCGUUUAAGAAAACUCUGUACAGUGUUUAUUGACGACGAAAGUUUGAAAUUUCAGUUGGAGUCGUUAGAUUAUCGCGCAAGCAUACGGCGCACGCGACUACAGUAUACGUCAGCGCAAGAACAGCCAAUUUGAAAUUAGAAUAUUCAUUUAGAACAGCUUUAAUCAAAUAAUUGUAUUCUUGGAUCCAAUUCAACUGAUCAAACUCUAUGAAAUGAUGGAAAAAAGGAACUCGGGAAAUUGCAAACGUUUGCUUUGCUUAACAGCUGAAUUUUUUAUACUUCUUACAUUCGUUCUUUGGUUAGCGACAAGAUCUAAACCUGUACUUGUCGAACUGAACACUGCAAGAAUUCCCGGCAAAGUAACGAUUUCUGCAGAACUAUUGUCAAUACCGGAGAAAUUAAGUCAUAUUUGGAGCUCGACCCGCGACAAUUCUCUGCGAAAGCCUUCAUUUCCAUUUAAAACCAUUUACCGUUAUGGCCUGCAAUUCGACAUCAAGAACAAUAAAGCCCAUGUCUUCUUAUGUAUUCUACUCGCCGGUGAUGUAGCUACCAAUCCUGGACCCACGAGAAGAAACAACCAUCAACCAAACGGCAGCCAAAGUUUUUUCGCGAGAUGUCUUGUAAUCAACGCUCGAAGUUUAAUAAGCUCGCAUAGGUUAAAUGGUAAACAAUCCUGCCACUUGACUAACUUCCAAAACCUUGUGUACACCGAACAAGCGGACAUCGUGUGGGUAACAGAGACUUGGCUAAGAGAUGACAUCGAGAAUUCAGAAAUACUUCCCUGGAGUGAUUAUACUAUCUACCGUAAAGAUCGUAAAACUCGUGCUGGUGGAGUUCUCCUUGCACUAAAGUCUAGCUCCUUUUUGUCGUCUCGCGAGAUUGUUACUGACAGCGAUCUAGAACUAGUUGCAAUAGAAUUAACAUCUACCUGCAACAAGAAAUACCUGGCAUGUUGUACGUACAAGACCCCGCAGACUAUGAACAGGAAAUGGCUGGACGAGUUCAACCUCUUUUUGGCUAAUAAGUGUUCAGAUUACGCCAAUAUACUGAUAUGCGGUGACUUCAACUUUCCGAAGAUCUGUUGGGAAUCGCCAGAGUUAACAGCCGGCGAAGACGAAGUCCAGUUCACAGAAAUUCUGAACGAUCACUACCUAACACAAGUAAAUCGAGUUCCAACAAGAGGCGACCACAUCCUCGAUCUCGUCAUCAGCAGUGUUGCUGAAAACGUUCAAAAUAUGUCUGUAAUCAGUCCUAGCCAAAGCGGUUUAAUAACCGACCACUCAGCAAUCACGUUCGACAUUGCGACAACGUUCAAAGCACGUCCGAAAAUUAAACGAUCUGUCUUUGAUUAUAACCGAGGGAACUUCGACGGACUUCGUGCAACUCUAGAGUCGGUUGACCUUUGCGGUGCAGUCGAGUCAGCAGUGGACAUUAACCACGGUUGGUUGAAAUGGAAAGAACUAUUUCUCAGUGUUGUACGCGACAGUAUUCCGAUAAAAACCAUCAGCAACGUCAAUAAUCCGCCUUGGAUCAACGGUGAGAUAAUCCACGCUAUCAGAAAAAAGGAGACCGUGCGUCGGAAACUGAAAACAUCGCCAACGGACGUACUGAGAAACAAGUUCAAGGCUUUGCGAUCCAAGGUGAAACGAUUGAUCACUGAAAGUCGUUGUCAGUUCUUCCAGAACAUCAGCGAAGCUCUCUUCAAUAAUCCCAAAAGAUUCUGGUCUGUCUUUAAAAUCAACAGUAAACGUGCCAGUGUUCCAGGAUCAAUGACAAUGGGAUCAAAUGGAUUAGAUCCUGACUCGGCCCGCUCAGCUUCAUGUCCUCGCGACAUAGCAGAACUGUUCAACGACUACUUCUCCUCCAUUGUGUCUGGAAGCGACAAAACAACUCAAACGGACAAUCCAUCCUCGCCAACUGAUAGCAACUUGUCAGAGUUAAUUCUUUCUCCUGAUGAUGUUCUAGCUGCACUCCUCAGCCUCGAUACCAACAAAGCCACAGGUCCGGAUGAAAUACCACCAAGAAUACUAAAGGAAUGUGCUCACCAAAUUGCUCCGUCAUUAUGUCUACUGUUUAAUCAAUCACUCCGACAUGGCUCCUUACCAGAGGAAUGGAAGCUCGCGAACAUCAUCCCUAUCCAUAAAAAAGGUGACAUCUCCAACGUUGAAAACUACCGUCCAAUUUCGCUUCUGUGUGUAACAUCCAAAGUCCUCGAGCGCUGUGUGCUGAGAAACCUGAGAGAUUAUCUGAUGUCCCUAAUUAACUCCGCUCAACAUGGUUUCAUUCCUGGAAGGUCAUGCACAACCCAGCUAGUCGAAGUUUUGCACUACAUUGGAUCCAUUUUAGACUCUGGUAAACAAACCGAUAUAAUCUUCAUGGACAUGUCAAAGGCUUUUGACAAGGUCAGCCAUACAGCUCUGAUAAACAAACUCCAACAGUAUAACAUUGGCGGAUCUCUUCUCCAAUGGUUCACAUCGUAUCUACAUGACCGCCAACAGCGCGUCACAACUCUUGGCGCUACUUCUUCCAAAAAACCAGUGUGCUCCGGUGUUCCGCAAGGCAGUAUCUUAGGACCAAUACUCUUCCUCCUGUAUGUGAAUGAUUUACCAGACGCUGUGACGAACUCGACAGUUGCGUGUUUUGCAGACGACACCAAAAUCUUCCGUAGAAAUUGA